UCGAUCUUGGCAGAUCAGCUGUGUUGUGGUUUGUGUGCUAAUCACGUAGUCGCCAAUAAGACUUCCUACAGGUGCCACAGGUGUCGGCGCUAGACAGGUGUGCAGGUGCACAGGUACCGACCCCCAGUUUAGUGCAAACUCCAAUAUGGUCGAUCGCCAGGACUUCAGCAGCUAAUUUGAGUUGUUAAUUGUUGACGGGGGGUUUGUACUGUGAAUGUGGGUAAUUGUAGCACUAUUGAGCGUUUGGCAUCAGUUAUAAAUAGCUGCCGACAUCGCGCGCCCCGCAGCGGGACCCAGCGCGUGCGCUCGGCGAGUUUGUUCACGGGAAGCUGCGCGUGCAUGCCGGAGCUGGCGAGUCCCUUGGCUUCAGUGAACAGGAGUGGGAGGGAUGCUGGUGUGGGAGAGGGUGCAUCCUGCUGGUCACUAACGUCUGCUGUUGGAGAGGAGUAUCGAGGGCCGGACCGUGUCCACCUGGCAAGACGUGCACUUCAGCCAGCCUCAGGAAAUGAGUCUGACUAGCAGCUGUGAAUCAUGUGAGCUCGUCCUGUGCCCUCCUCUCUGGUUGUCUGGAUGUCCUGUUACCGCCAGUCCCACACAGACAGAGAUGUGUGGACAGAGGUCUCCCUCCUACCCAGUCUCAUCAACUUGGGGUGGACUACCCGUCAGCCCUCGACUCUGAGUCUCUUACCACCUCUAGGUCCAUCUUUUCACAACGACCACUCACUGUGACCCUGUCCUGACCCUAGGAGACUAUCUCACGUGCCGGCGCCAUGAUCAACGAGCGCGCGUUGUUCUGGACCGUGCUGGUCGUCGACGUGUUGCUGUGCGUCUUCAUCAUCGUCAUCAACCUCACCCUCAUGCUUGUCAUCCUGUCGUGCCGGCAGACCCGCUCGCGCGUGCGCAAUGUGAUGCUCGUCAGCAUGUGUGCCGCGGACCUGGUGGUGGGCGCCUUCACACAGCCUCUCUACAUGAACACCUACAUCACCAGGUCCAUGUACCACUCGUGCGAGUUGCACGUGCUGGUGCAGCUAGUGGGUGACUACACACAGGACUUUGUCUGCUUCUGGACACUGGUGACGGUGGCUGCCGUGUACGUCUGGCGGCUGUUGGGGGACAGGUGGGGAUGGAGGGCCACUCUCCCCGGCCAGUAUGACGUGCUGCAACCCAGACCUCGCUCCGGCUUCGCCUGUCUGCCGCCUCACGUGCGAGUCUGUCACGUGACUAAAAAGGUGCUGACGGUGUGCUGGCCGUGGCUGGCGGCGCUGGCCGUACCGUUGCCGGUGGUGUUGCUGUCGGUGGACGAGACGACGCGGUCCAACUACUGGCGCGACACCUUCUGCCCGCUGCACAUCGUCUUCCCCGCCCGCAUCGCCGUGCUCAUCAUCGUCUUCUACCUGCCGGUGGGUGUCAUCGCCUUGCUGGCGGCGGGGGUGGGGCUGGUGUGCUACCUGGACAUGACCACCGCCCGCCAACACUCGCGCCCGCCGCGCUCACACAACGCGCUGUGCCGUGCUGCGGCUGCUGCUGCUGCUGCUUCCCCGCCGCAUGAAUCAGCAAGAGACGGAGGGAGGGCAAGUCGGGAGGGCUUUUCCGAGCUGACAGCAGAAGAAACGGGUGACCGAUCACGGGACGGGUUCAAAGCCAGCCUCCUGCCGUCGCCUCCCACCAGCUGGUCCCAUGGACGAGAUGAUGCGACGGAUGUCACCGUCGUUGCGGAUGGCGGGGAUGCGAUUGAUCAAGACAUCGUCACAGCCACACCCCCAACUACUAUCACCACCACUAAUGGCGACGGCUGUGUUGAGGUGGUUGCAGAUGCCGCCAUUUCGUCCUCCGCGCCGAGGUGUGAGGUGGGGGAGGAGGUGGAGCGCCCCAUGCACAUGUUGCUGCCGCUGGUGGUGACGCUGGUGUGCGAGCUGCCGCUGAUGAUCUGCUGGUGGUUCUACGAGAACAUGCGCAUGGACGUGGUCAUCCUGGUGGACGUGUCGCUGCACCGCCUGUACCUGCUGCGCGCCGCCCUCCUGCCGCUGUCGUGGUUCGUCCUGCCGGACCUGCGCCAGGCGCUGGCCGCUCUCAGGGACCGUUUGCUGGGAGGAUGCGUGGCGUGCGGUUGCCCGGAGACGGUGGGAGGCCCGCGAGCGGAGCGUGGAGACUUCACCGUGGCCUACACAACGCUCCAGGAGACAGGAGAACGCGCACCUUGCCCCCCAAGCACCUGGCGCAGCGUCGGACGGAAGACGGCCGCUGGGAGGUCAGCGGUCAGGGGUCACAGAUGUGUUCUGAGGCCCUUUCCUCCCAGGGUGGCCUGUGACGUCAGCAAACCAUGUUCAGCGUUGGGGUGGGUGGGGUGGGUGGGGAGAAGCCUCUAUACUCAUCGUCGUAUUGUGCAUCCCGCCAGUUGCUAUGGUGGCAGCACCGUACCACGAGGUCACACAAUUCAGUAGCACACACACACACACG